GAGGAAUAAUUUGAUUAGUACGGUGGAGCACGGGGCCUUCCGCGGACUGGUGGCUCUGAGGAGACUGGAUCUGUCCAACAAUCGGAUUGGCUGCCUCUCUCCUGAAAUGUUUGUAGACCUUGGCAAUCUCUCUAAAUUGAAUCUAUCUGGAAAUAUUUUCUCUUCCUUGCCGGUGGGACUAUUCACACACCUCCUGUCUCUCGAAGUCCUGCACUUCUCUACCGAGUCUCUGUUCUGUGACUGUCAGCUGGAGUGGCUGCUGCUGUGGGCCAGGGCAAACGGUGUGCUUUUGGGCAACGACACCCUGUGUGUUCAUCCCACACACCUCCGCGGCCUGGAGGUCCACAACCUGAGGGAGACACAGCUCAGAUGUGAUGAGCCUCUGGAGCUGCCCCUGUUUCAGCUGCUCCCGUCCCAGAGACAGGUGGUGUUCCGUGGGGACCGGCUGCCUCUGCAGUGCACUGUGUCCUACCUGGACCCUUCGGUCACGCUGCUCUGGCACCACAAUGGCGAUGUCGUCCACAGCAACGAGGAAAGGGGCAUCUACGUAGAGGAUACCCUGGUCCAUGACUGCUGCCUGCUCACCGGCGAGGUCGUCCUCUCCAACAUCAACCACAGCCUGUCUGGCAUCUGGGAGUGCCAGGUGACCAGUUCCCGUGGCAACAGGUCCAGACAGAUGGAGAUCCUUGUGUUGGAGACGUCAGCACCCUACUGCUCAGCAGACAGGAUCAACAGCAACAAGGGGGACUUCAGGUGGCCAAAGACCCUGGCAGGGAUACUGGCCUUCCUGCCCUGUGCUCCAUCCACAUUUGGCUAUGCCCCCCGCCCUUCUGGUGCUGCUUCACACCACCUCACUCAGAGGGAGAAGAAGGCCUGGCGACGCUGUGACCGGGCAGGUCGGUGGGCAGAGGAUGACUAUACCCAGUGCCCAUAUGCCAGCGAGGUGACUCGCAUACUGCAUGAGCUCACCCAGAUGACCAUCAACACCAGCAAUGCCCAGCCGUUAGCCCAGCAGCUGGUAGCCUUCACCAGCAGGGCGGGGGACUUCAGCGAUGUGAUGGAUGUCAUCUUUGUCACACACCUGGUUGAGAGGCUGACUCGCCUGGUGGACCAGCGUAGAGAACUAGGGGACUAUAUCUCUGACAUAGCCAGUAACAUGAUGCUGGUGGAGGAACACAUCCUGUGGAUGGCUCAGAACGAGGCCCGGGCAUGUACACGCAUUGUCCAGUGUGUGGAGCGCAUCGCCGACUUGGCUCUCACCAUAGACAUGCAGGUCAUAUCAAAGGUGUCCCCAAACAUAGCCAUGGAGGCCUUUCUGAUCAGGCCGUCUAACUUCCAGGGUCUUUCGUGUAUGGCAGUACAGAGAGCCCCCCUGCCACCCUUCUCUGGUCAGAGGAACCAGGAUGCCAUCGGGGACACGCUGCUCAACUUCAAAUGUCACACGGUCAACGGCAACGGCUCCCCCUCCAGCCAACUCAGCAAGUGGCAUGCUGUAGAUCAGCCUGUGAUAGGUUGCACUGUAAAGGGGGAAGGGUCAGGAUUGGUCGGGUAG